GGCGGGCCGCAUAACUUUCUAGUCACGGGCUCAUGGUGGAGCAGCGUUCAGCAAGCUCGUUGGUUGUCAGGUUGAUGAGUGUUCCAUCGCAAGCUCUCACAAGCACAGGUCUUGGUGCCGUUGUCGAGGUGGUGACAGGUAACGGGCGGAAGAGCGGUCUGCGUCGCAACCCAAGCCUCAUCAGCAGUGGAGUCGAGCAAGUCCUGUCCUGGGACAGCUCGUGGAAUGAGUCAAAGAAGCGUCCGCUAUCGGUACCGGCAAGCCCAAGUCGCACAGCAGCGAAGCGUGUUUGAUGUGGGUUCGUCACAGUUGAAAUGUAACUUUUGGUAGACUGCGACGCAUUGAGUAAUGAUCAUGACGCCAACGACCUGUCGAGUCGUCCGAC